CGGAGGAGAGCAAGCAUUUCACCGGGCUCGUCACGCCGCUUGGACUAUUCGAGUUAACGUCAUCCCCUUCGGGAUUAAGAACUCGCCGGCGGAGUUCCAGCGCGCGAUGGACAUGGUGUUCGAGGAGGUGCUGGACGAUCGCACUCUGUGUUACACCGACGAUAUCAUCAUCGCGACGAACACGGUGCCGGAGAUGAUGCAGCGGUUGGAGAAGGUCUUGCGACUGUGCAGAGAGAGAGGCUUCUACCUCAGGCUAGAUAAGAGCGAGUGUCUCAAGCCCGAAUUGCUCAAGAAGGGCAGGUUGUUCGUCUGGCCGGACGCUCGAAGAGAGGCAUUCAUGAAGCUGAAGCGGGCGGUAGCCGGUGCAUCGUUCCUUCACAAGCCAGUUCCAGGAGCGCCGCUCAUCAUCGAAACAGACGCCUCGGAGGUUGGCAUUGGCGCGGUGUUGAAGCAGGUGCAAGAGGUCCCGUUAGAGUUCGCGUCUAAGAAGUUCACCGAAGCGGAGAGAAAGUGGGAUACGAGAGAGACAGAGCUCUUCGCCGUCAAGUGGGCUGUAGAGAAGUGGUGCGACUACGUAGCGCUCCAUCAUUUCACCGUACGCACAGAUCACGCCAACCUACGCUACCUUGUGGGAGUAGACAAAGGGAAGGUGUGUUCCGCUGGGCGCUGGCGCUCAGCAGGUUCAACUUCACUUUAG